UGUAUUAUCAUUUUAAAAGAGAGGAAUCUACGUGAGGAGAAGUGUUGAAGAAUAGUCUCACAUUGUGGUUUGGCUCCGUGUGAGUAUACUUGUCAUAUAUUCAAUAUUUUCGAGAGUCUUCUUCAGAAAAGAAUGGCAUACUACUCUUCUUUUCAGUUGCUAGGUUUCUUCUGCUUGAUGAUCAGCUUUCUUCAGCCCAUUCUACUCCAAGCCUUAGCUUGGGGACCUGAUGUUCCUACACAAGGCUUUGUCUCCCUCCCUUUUAACAGAUCAUACUACCAUAUUCAGAAGCCUUAUGAUGUCCCCGAAGACCAGCGCUACAGCUUCGUCGAUGGAAUUCAUAAAUGUUGGGUCUACUCUACAGACAAACCUCACACUACCACCAGCCAAACCAUGCCCCGUACUGAGAUUGCCAUACAAGGAUACAAUUACUCUUCCGGGGUGUGGGAAUUUGAAGCAUAUGGGUAUGUACCAUAUGGGACAUCAAGUGUGUGCAUAAUGCAAGUGUUUGGAGCAAGUGCUCCUCAUGCCACAACUCUAAUGCUUAGGGUUUACAAUGGUUCACUCAUGUACUACACGGGUCCAGUGUUGGUACCAAACAUCUAUGACAAAUGGUUCAAGUUGAAUGUGAUUCACGAUGUUGAAGCUGCAAAAGUGAAGGUUUACAUUGAUGGAUGUCUCAAAUUAGAGGCAGAUGGUCGUGGAGGCACAUCUCAUGCAUUCAAGUGUGGUGUAUACGCCCAGCAUAAUGACUCCCUUUACAUGGAGUCUCGUUGGAAACACAUCCAAGUUUCAAGAAAGUGUAGACCUUGAACCAUUAAGUAGCACAGCAAUAUGUGAAAUAUGGUAUGGUCAUAUGCAUAUAACUUAUUUGCUUCGACCCAACCAAAAAAAUAAAAAUAAAAAAAUGCUUGUUUUCUUUUCAUGUCUCGUGAAUAAAUAUGUAAACGAAUAAAUAAAAGAUAAAAAAAACCUCAAAAUAAUAAGGGUCAAGGUCGGCCAGAGACGAUAGGGAUAAGUUUCAUUGUCGACAUGGAAACAAUCCGAAUCACCAGCUAAGCGAUGUACAAGCCAAUAUGAGUUUUAGAUCAGGGAUCCAACGACCAUCAUCGGUAUCUAAAGUGUAUGGUCUUGAGUUCUAGGUGAGCGUUGAGUUUGAUGGCCUUGAGUCUAAAUGACCUCGAUUGUUUAGGUGUUACGGUUAUCUAUUGUUUUUAAAGUGAUGUAGUUAGAUUGUUCAUUAAUGUUGUAUUCAAUUAUUCUCUUUUUCUUU